UCUCCACUUUUUAAGCACGUUGUAAUAUAAAGUCCAGCUUGGCAGUAAUCCUGCGUAAGCUGCAAAUUCCCCAGCACCACAGGUCAACCUUCAUGCUUGCAGUCAAGGCUGCGUUCCUGUCUCCAGCAACCUCAUUCAACGGUUCUUGCUGUGUCUUUAGCCUGAUUUCUGAAUCUGGAUAUACCAUAUUGGCAUAUGUGAUUGAAUUUAUCUUACGGUAGCUGUCCUUGAAGCAAAAGGCAUUUGAGGGUGACGCUAAUGGUGCCAAAGUCAUCCUUGCUUGCAGAGAUAUGGCAAAAGCAGAAAAGGCAGUCCAUGAAAUCCGGACCAAGACGGGAAACCAAGAGGUUAUGGCCAAACAAUUAGACUUGGCAGACACCAAAUCUAUCAGAGAAUUUGCCAGUAAUUUCUUGAAAGAGGAGAAAGAACUCCACAUACUCAUCAACAAUGCAGGGGUUAUGAUGUGCCCCUAUUCAAAGACAGCUGAUGGCUUUGAGAUGCACUUUGGAGUCAACCAUCUUGGACACUUUCUUUUGACCUUCCUGCUAAUAGAGCGCCUGAAACAGAGUGCACCAGCUCGUAUUAUAAAUGUAUCUUCACUGGUUCAUCGUUUUUGGAAGAUUCACAUGCAUGAUCUUCAGGGGGAAAGGUUCUACAAUGGGUUCCUGUCAUACUGUCAGAGCAAGCUGGCCAAUGUUCUCUUUACACGGGAGUUGGCUAAACAUCUGCAAG